UGAUUGUCGAGUGCCAAAUAAACAGGGAUGGAUAGGAAAAGGUCAAAGCCAUCAGGUGCACAAUUUAGAAAAAAAAAAGAAAAGAAGAAGAGGAGAAACGAGCAAAAGAUAAUGUUCAGGGGCACUUCUAAAAUAUUUUGGAGCAUCCUCUGCCACUGGUCAGGAUGAGCCACCCACCUCCCCCGCUACACAGGCCUCUUCUGGAAUGGUCUCGACUCUUCAGGAUGAGCUACCAUCUAUGUCCUCAGCUACACAUAUGUCUUCACAAAUUUCUCCACAAAUAUCUGAUAUUGAGGAUGAAGUCAACUUUGCCUCUACUUCUCUCCAGCAUGAGCCUUCAGAAAUGCCUGGAGCUGAACCCCCACUGAGCCCCACUGCUGAGGAUGAGCCUCUGUCAACCGACCCUGCUAAUUGGCCCUCACAUCUGACUGACAGGAUUCGGACUGAGCUGGUUCGCAGAGGACCAUCCUCCACCCAAAGAUGGGCCAUACUGAAGAACCAUGUGAGCAUCACCUUAAAGAUGUGGGCAGAAACAAGGUGGGAGAGCAAGGUCAAGAGCGUCGAGCCCAUGAGGUACCAGGGAGCUGCCGUGAGAGAGGCUUUAAUUGAGGUGAAAGACCACACCAAAGACCCUGCUAUAAAGGCUGAGGCCCAGUCUUUGUCUGAGGAGGUGGGGUCAUACCGCUUCAGCAUCUGCACGGUUGUUUGGUAUGACAUGCUAUCUGCAAUACAGCAUGCCAGCAAACUCAUGCAGUCUCCUAGUAUGGAUGUGGACCUAGCUAUGUGUCUUUUGAAGAAGACUGAGCGAGAUCUCCAGAGCUACAGGGCAAGUGGCUUUGUGACUGCACAGAUGGCGGCCAAAACCAUUUGUGAAGAGAUGAAUGUGGAGGCUGUUUUAAAAAAAAAAAGGCUGAGGUCCACAAAGCGGCACUUCUCAUAGUGACUUCUCACCUUUCAGUGAUGCACUUAGGAAGUUGGAGGUUGGAUUCUUCAACAUUGUCGUUGAUGCAGCCAUGUCAGCCAUCAAGGAGAGAUUUUCCACAUUGGAAAAUGUGGGAAAGAAAUUCGGGGUUUUGACAAAUUUCCCAAGUCUUGCAGGUGAGGAGCUGGCAGAGCAAUGCGAGGCACUAGGCAGCACACUGCACUUUAAGGGGCACUCUGAUGUGGACAGUAGAGAGCUUGUGCAGGAAAUUAAGAACUUCCCUGAACUGCCAUCAAAGACCAUGAGCCUCCUUGAGCUUAUCACUUUUAUGCAUGAUAAGGAUCUAUCGGAGAUCUACCCCAAUUUUUGGACUGCUAUCAGGAUUGCACUUACACUGCCAGUCACUGUGGCUCAAGCAGAGAGGAGCUUUUCAAAACUAAAGUUGAUCAAGUCAUACCUGAGAUCAACCAUGUCCCAGGAACGGCUCACUGGCCUUGCCAUCAUCAGUAUCAAUCACUCAAUAGGGGAGCAGAUUUCAUACGAUGACAUCAUUGAUGAUUUUGCAUCAAGGAAAGCCAGAAAAGUCAGGUUUUAGUUUUAGUUUGUGUUUUCUGUUCUUAGUGCAAUAGUGUAAUAGUGUAAUCUCUUUAGUGUGUUUUCACAUUUGUGUGUAAUAUAUAAUAUAUAUAUUCUAUUCUAUAUUUUAUUUGUAUAUUAUUCUUAAUGUGUUAUAUUAUUGUUGCUCUCUGCACUUGUUACAUUUUUUAUAUAUCUGAUUGUAUAUAUGUUUGGCACAUUUAUGUAUAUAGUGUAUAUUUAAGUUCUGAUAACUGUCAUAGUUUGCCAAAAGACAAUGAACACAAUUCUGCACAAUGUCGGAUGUUA